AUGGCCGCUCUCCGCUCUACCUCUGCCCGAAUUCUGGGCUCUGCCAGGCCAGCCUUCAGGCCGGCGACCUUUGUUCGCUCCUUCGCAUCUGUCCAGGAGUCAAAGGUCCAGGAGUCCAAUGCCAGUGCUGCACCCGCUACCGAGGCGGCGCGCCUCAAGUCCUUCCAGAUCUACAGAUGGAAUCCCGACCAGCCUACCGAGAAGCCCCGGAUGCAGACCUACACCCUUGACCUAAACAAGACGGGACCCAUGGUGUUGGACGCGCUGGUCCGGAUCAAGAACGAGCUCGACCCUACUCUUACCUUCCGACGAAGCUGCAGAGAGGGUAUCUGCGGAAGCUGUGCGAUGAACAUCAACGGAAUGAACACACUCGCCUGCCUAUGCCGUAUCCCUACCGAGUCUGCCUCGGAAGUCAAGAUCUACCCUCUACCGCACACUUACGUCGUCAAGGAUCUCGUCCCAGAUCUGACGCACUUCUACAAGCAAUACAAGUCGAUCAAGCCGUAUCUGCAAAGAGAUACUCCUGCUCCCGACGGCAAGGAGUACCGCCAGAGUAAGGCUGACCGAAAGAAGCUGGAUGGUCUUUACGAGUGCAUUCUGUGCGCGUGCUGCUCUACCUCCUGCCCAUCAUAUUGGUGGAACUCCGAGGAGUACCUGGGACCCGCCAUCCUUCUCCAGUCCUACCGCUGGCUGGCCGAUUCCCGAGACGAGCGCAAGGCGGAGCGAAAGGAGGCUCUCGACAACUCCAUGAGCCUGUACCGUUGCCACACCAUUCUGAACUGCACAAGGACCUGCCCGAAGGGUCUCAACCCCGGUCUGGCCAUCGCCGAGAUCAAGAAGGAGAUGUCUUUCUAG